GUAUGCACCUCUGUGUUUAUUGUUGCAUCAUUUACAAUAGCCAAGAUAUGGAAGCAACCUGACUGUUCUUUAGUAGAUGAAUGGGUAGAGGGGAGGUACAUAUAUAAAAUGGAAUAUUAUUUAGCCAUAAGAAAGAAAGAAUUCCUGCCAUUUGCAACAACAUGGAUGGACCUAGCGGGUAUUAUGCUAAGUGAAAUAAGCCAGGCAGAGAAAGAUAAAUACCAUAUGGUUUCACUUAUAUGUAGAAUCUAAACAGCAAAACAAAAGAACACAACAGCAGUAGACUCAUAGACACUGAGGUGGGACUGGUGGUUACCAUGGGGAGUUGUGGAUAAAAUAGUUGGAAGGGAUAAAGAGACCCAGAAUCUCAAUCAUAAUAUAAAUUAGUCACAGGGAUGGAAGUACAGCAUAGAGAAUAUAGCCAAUUCUGUAACAUCUUUCUAUGUUGAAAGGUAGUGACUACACUAGUUGGGGUGAGCAUUUAAUGUAGAUAAUUGCCAAAUCACUAUGUUAUAUACUUGAAACCAACAUAAUAUUGUAUAUCAACUAUACUGCAAUUAAAAAGUUUUCUUUCAGUCACUUGCUAAUAAUGGCAAUAACAAUGGGAAAAUAUUAAUGAUCUUGUGCCAAGCAUUGUACUAUUAAAUGCACCAAACCAUUCCCUCUUCAGAGUCAGUGUUGAUGUUGUUUUUCUUAUGGGCAACCUGAAGCCAUGAAGUCAGGUAGAAGUUCACAUAGUUGGUAAUACCAGUAAAGCCUUAAUUAUAUACCAGUCUUCCUGUUCUUUCCAUUAUCCUGUUGGUGGUGUUAAAAUAACCUAAAAUUGAUUUUCCUUUGCAUUUCAUAAUUCUGUAUAUUUGUUUAGGACUUUAUCCUUUUCAAAGGGCUUUGCGAGACAGGGCAGGAGCUGCCUACUCGUUUUAAGGCUCAUGGGUGCACACUUGCACUUGUUCAUAUAGCUAGAUCUGAUUUGAUGGGUCUGUCUUCCUUAUUUUCCUAUGGUAGGGUUCUUUUCCAUAUCAAACCAUCAUUUUGUUUUAGAUUCCUUUAUAAUUUAUUCUUUCAUGAUUACUGUGAGGGUAUAUAAGAUACAAGAUACUGUGUUUCAUUGUUGCCUAUGAAUUUUCCAUUGAGUGACAAAGAAUUUUCCACUGAUGACUGGAGGAAAUACACACUAUAAAGGAGAAAAAGAAUUGACAUUCCUUGGCAGAUGUAAAGACAAUUGAAAUAAAUGUUCAAGGCCAGUUAGAAGCAUGCUUUCACUGAACUUCCUGACACCAUUUGUUACGCAGAAUGUCUCUGAGUGAGAGCUCGGUUUUUGCCUAUGAAUCUUCAGUGCACAGCACCAAUGUCCUGCUCAGCCUCAAUGAUCAGCGGAAGAAGGACGUGCUGUGCGACGCCACCAUCCUCGUGGAGGGCCAGCGAUUCCGUGCCCACCGGUCCGUGCUGGCAGCAUGCAGCAGCUAUUUCCACUCAAGAAUUGUAGGCCAGGCUGAUGCAGAGCUUAACAUCACUCUCCCAGAAGAGGUGACAGUUAAAGGAUUUGAACCUUUAAUUCAGUUUGCCUACACUGCUAAACUGAUUCUAAGUAAGGAGAAUGUGGAUGAAGUGUGCAAGUGUGUGGCAUUUUUAGGUGUGCAUGAUAUUGAGGAAUCCUGCUUUCAGUUUCUCAAAUUUAAAUUUUUGGACUCCACGGCAGACCAGCAAGAAUGCCCAAGAAAAAAAUGCAUCCCAUCACAAUGUCAGAAAACAGACCUUAAGUUUUCCCUUUUGGACCAGAGGGAUUUAGAAAUUGAUGAAGUGGAGGAGUUUUUGGAAAAUAAAAAUGUUCAGACUCCUCCUCAGUGGAAACUCCAUAGGUAUCAAGGAAACACAAAAAUAUCACCUCCUCUUCAAGACAGUGCCAGUCAGACAUAUGAAUCCAUGUGCUUAGAAAAGGAUGCUGCUCUGGCUUUGCCGUCUUUAUGCCCCAAAUACAGAAAAUUCCAAAAAGCAUUUGGAACUGACAGAGUCCGUACUGUGGAAUCCAGUGUCAAAGAUAUUCACACGUCUUCAGUUCAGCAAAAUGAGACACUGGAAAAUGAAUGUGUAGGAGGAACACAGGACUGUGCAGAUUUGCAGGUGAUUUUAAAAUGUGAAGAAAGUAAAGUAGCAAUGGAACAUGUGGAAACCAAGAAGAGAGAUCCUGCUUCUCAGUGCCCAUCAGAAAAAAGCGAAGUGAAUCCUUUCUCUCACAGUUCUUCUUCAGACCCUCAUGGGCUCUAUUCUCUGUCUCUUUUACACACGUACGACCAAUAUGGUGACUUGAAUUUUGCUGGUAUGCAGAACACAGCAGUGUUAACAGAAAAGCCUUUAUCAGGUACAGAUGUUCGAGAAGAGAAAACAUUUGGUGAAAGUCAAGAUUUACAUUUGAAAUCUGACUCUGGCUCCAGGGAAGAUGGUAGCCUUGCCUCCAGCGAGCGGAGCAGUGUGGAGCGGGAAGUGGCCGAACACCUGGCAAGGGGCUUCUGGAGUGACAUUUGCAGCACAGACUCUCCUUGCCAGGUACAGUUCUCACCUGCAGCCAAAGAUGGUUCCGGACAGGUUUACUCACAGAAGCGGUCUGAGUGUCCCUGGUUAGGAAUCAGGAUCAGCGAGAGCCCAGAACCGGGUCAAAGGACUUUCACUACGUUAAGCUCUGUCAACUGCCCUUUUAUAAGUACUCUGAGUACUGAAGGCUGUUCUAGCAAUUUGGAAAUUGGAAGUGAUGAUUAUGUUUCAGAACCCCAGCAGGAACCUUGUCCAUAUGCUUGUGUGAUUAGCUUGGGAGACGACUCUGAGACGGAUACUGAAGGAGACAGUGAGCCCUGUUCAGCCAGAGAACAAGAAUGUGAGGUAAAACUGCCAUUUAAUGCACAGAGAAUAAUUUCACUCUCUCGAAAUGAUUUUCAAUCCUUGUUGAAAAUGCACAAACUAACUCCAGAACAACUGGAUUGUAUCCAUGAUAUUCGAAGAAGAAGUAAAAACAGAAUAGCUGCACAGCGCUGUCGCAAGAGAAAGCUUGACUGUAUACAGAAUCUUGAAUCAGAAAUUGAGAAGCUGCAAAAUGAAAAGGAGAGCUUGUUGAAGGAAAGAGAUCACAUUUUGUCGACUCUGGGGGAGACAAAGCAGAACCUAACUGGACUUUGCCAGCAAGUCUGUAAAGAAGCAGCUCUAAGUCAAGAACAAAUACAGAUACUCGCCAAGUACUCAGCCUCAGAUUGCCCGCUUUCAUUUUUAAUUUCUGACAAAGAAAAAAGUAUUCCUGAUUGUGAACUUGCCUUACCGUCAAUUUUGAGUUCACCUGUGGGGCCUCCAGCUGUGCCACCUGCGUGUGAGCAAAGCCCUUGCCAUCCCAGCAUGAAGAGCAGUGAGUUGGGCUGUGCACGGGGCCAGGAGUCACAGCCCACUGCCCCUGGUGCCCCCGAGCAAGCCGGGCUUGUGGAACCUUGUCGGCAGAGUGGUGGCAUCUCAGAUUUCUGCCAGCAGAUGACCGAUAAAUGUACUACUGAUGAAUAAACUUGAAUCACUUUUUUCAAAACAUCUCAUUUUCUACUGUAGUUUUGACAUUGUCCUGAAGGUCUGGUAUAACCAUCUGUUUCACAGUUUGUUAUUAAGGGAACUUGCUGAAGUCAACCUGACUUUUCCUUGACUUCCACAGGAGAUGCUGAAAUGAUUUCCCUCCUGGGUAUGGGAAAAUCACAUAUGUGAUUUGUACUAAGGCUUUAAAAACUCAUGUUCUAAAGUGAUAACUAUUAGUAAUACCUCUUCUCAGUAUUCAAAAUAAGAGAAUGGAAAACUGUAGUGUAUCAAACAAUUUACAGCUUGAGAUGCUUGCAGAGAGGGUUCCUACUAAAGAAGCAGCCUGCAGAAGUUUAAUAAUAUGACCUUUUGGCAACAUACUGGUUUAAAAGAAAAUUCUCCCCAAGUAAUGCUGAUAGAGUUAGUUCUACUCAGAAGUAAGGUGUCAACUGCUUGUGAAUAUUUAUGUAGUUCACCUUGCCUGAAUCCUGAAGUGUUGCUCUUCAGCUUCUACUAAAACCAGAGAUGAUUGGUUAGUUGGUCUCUUUUGGGAUUCCUAAACUACACUGGGAUUAUUUAGGGAAUGGGGACAGGCAGCUGGCUGAAGGCAGAGGCUUCUGCUCCUCCUCAAUGUUGACUUUAGAAAUUCUAGCUGCAAAAACAGUAGAUAAAGGGACAUUUCCCCCCGCCUUUUUUUUCUCUUAAGUCUCUACCACCUUUGGGUCCAUCAUCAUCUUUCUGUUUCCUAACAUUCUUGUUCCUUGGGAAGAAAAGCUGGGGUUUGGGAUACAGUGGCCGGAAUGAAUGCAUUGACAGCAUAGUCUUAGUUGUCCUAGAAUCAUGGAGAGUUUACCAAAAUCCAAGGCUGUUUGCCUUCCCGCCAUAGGUCAUCCAUGCAAGAAAACCAGACAUUACGGGAAAAGAAAAUUGCCUACAUUUAUCAGGAGUGGCAGUCCAUUUUUCAUCCUAUUUUUGACGUCCUGUGGUUUACUUGUAAAAAGAUUCUUUGUAGAUAAAAAUGUAUCUGAAUAUCCCUGUGGGUUUGUGAAAUAGGAUGAAACUUGAUCUUACUACAUUGUGGGUUUGAAUUUGGAAGCCAGAUUUAAUCUUUCUCUCUUCCCCAGAUCUGGUAUACAAGGCACACAAAUCAUUUUGACUUGGGCAUUUGAAAGUCAGUCUUUGCGUUUAUUUAAUUCUUUUUCAAACUAUAGUUUUUAUGUUCUCAGUGCCUACCCCACAGCAUUUUGCAGUGGUUCUAAACUGUUCUGGUAUUGUAGGCUUGUUUGAGAGUCAAAUGAAAGUGACAUACAAUGGACCUUCUCAACAACUAAAAAGAAUUGCAUAUAUUCAUAUUCACAGAAACAUUUGAAGAACCCAGUGUUAAAGGGUGCAAAGGAACAAUUUAUAGUGAUUGGAUUAGAAAAGCCUUCAUUUCACCAAGAUCAGACACCUGAGAGAAAGACUUCUACAGAUUGCAUCCUGCAUAUAGUGAAGGACCUGUGUAGUUUAUGUGGGAGACAACUAUUAAUGGUGUACGAAUGAGUCUGAAGCAAGUAGACCUCUGUUGGGACAGUAGAUGGGACCAGACUUGAUAUUUCAAGUAAUUUGUCAAGUGUCACCUUUUUGAUUGAGGCAGGUAUGGGGGAGAUACUGCUAGUAUAUUUUAAGUGGUUUGUUUAUUAUCUCUGUUCCUGACUUAGUUGUAAGAGAAAGCUAGUUGGGCUUGUUUAUUUUAUAGAGGCUUUUAUAAGUAUACUCUGGAAUUUGUCAGGGAGAGUGGUGAUUCUCUGGUAAUGCACCCCGUACUAUACCAGAAUUGUGUGUGUCUGCAUGUGUAUAUACAUGUAUAUCCUUGUGUAGCUGUUUCUUUCUUUGAUACUUGUAAUUUAAAAUUUUAACUUCAAAAUAUAAAAUAAUAGAAAAUCUUCUUGUUUACAAAAUGUAAAAUCUUGUACAAGCCAAUGGAAUCCUUGAUUUCCUACCUCAGUGUACACUCAGCUGUUUGUCAUAUCAGUUUGUGUAUGUGCAAAUGUCAAUCUUUUGCUUCAGUUGCUACUGUAAAUAACUGCUUUGAAAGGUUAAUUAGUAUUUUAUGAUAAAACCUAGCUGUCUCCAGAGUUUAAAUAUGAUUUUUAAGGCACUUGGUUUAAAUUUAUUUCUGUAGAUAAACAGUUUAACAUUAAGGGUUCUAAUUUUAAUGAUAUUCUGAUUAUUGGCCAAGUGUGAUAUUUUGUAAAAUACAGCAUUACUUUUAAUAGCCAGCAUGUAAUACAAAUAACUACACUACCUCAUACCUACAUGAUUUUCAAGGUGUAAUACAGAGAGACAGAGAUAAAGAUUUUAUCUUUUGUCUUUUGGCCAUAAGUUGGGGAAGUUUUCUAUAUAUUGCAUAGCAUUACACAUUUAUGCCUAUUUUAACAUUAACUUCUAAAGUUUUUUCUAAGAAAAUUUGUUUUAAGUUGAUUUUUUUUUUUUGAGGUUGCAGAGGACAAAUGACAGGAUUAUGUGUAUACAAUAUAUAUCUUUUCCUUCAUGCAGAAUUCUGGAAAGGUUAUUUUCAGUUUGUAUGUUUCAUAUUUACAUGACUAUUGUUCCUAAUUUUUUGAGUUGGUUUUCUCAGUGUUUGUGAUUUUCAAAAAGUUGUUAGGUGUAACUCAGUAAAAUAACAUUACCUUAACAUUUUUAUUAUUUCAAUUAUACACUAUAGCAAAUAAUUUGUUAAAUUGUUAUAUUAAAAAAAACGGAUAUAAAUCUUGAUUGUUCAUCUGUAAAUUUUGUAACAGUUUACUAUAGCUUAAUGCUUAACCAGUUUUAAAUAAGGAAUUAAAUAUAUUCGAUGCAGUAGACGAUACAGGUUGCAUGUGGACAUUCAGUCACAUUAACAACUUGGAAAAAAACAAAUGGCAAUGUAAUGAUUCUCAGGUGAACUUUUCUCAGUCAAUGAAACAUCUAUUUUGAAUUUGUAAAUAUUUUAAGUGUUUUAUUAAGGCAUGUAAUAAACUGUUCUUUGAAACCUGUUGGGCAGAGUGAAAAUUUAAAGCCAUAAUGGCCAAAGAUGGUAUGUCAAAUGUAAAAUAAACAAAUAACAUCUAUUGAAUUUUUUUUGUAUCUUUCAUAAUAUAAUUUUCUAACAAUGCAAUAAAACCACUAAAUUUAUAUACCCAUAAACUAUCAAGAUCAUGUUUCAUUGAAAGUAAACUGUCAUAGCAUUUAAUUUACAUUUGCUUCCUAAUGUGCUUAUCCAAAUGUAGCAGAACUAUAAAUGUUAGACGUUGGUGAUAAAUUAACAGUUAAAUAAAAUUCUCUAAAAUUGC